CUGAUUCAUUCAUUCCAUUUGGAUUAGAAUGCUACCAUUCAUAAAGUUUAUAAAACUUUUAUGUCCUACAACCUUCAAUUGAUUUAUGUACUAUGAAGAUGACAAUGAAAGUUUGAACGACUUGUACUUGAAAUUCAAUAGGCCUGGACAAACGUUUAACUUGUUAUAUUUUCUGUGGGCUUAUCAGGACAUAUUUGUCACUCUAAAUAUCGACACAAUUUUGCUGGGUGGUUGUGUUCAUCUUCUCAGCUGUUACUGCUUCAAAUUGUAACGGAGUUACGUGCUGUGAAGGUGACAAUUCAAAAUGGGAACAGCGGGAGAAAGUGGUCAAAUUCUGACAAAUCGGAAUCAGCAAUCCGUGACGGCCUGCCUCCUCCUGUCGAUAUUUGGAGCAACAUGUGGUGCGCUCUCGUUUGGUUACAACACUGGUGUCAUCAAUGCCCCACAAUCUGUGAUAGAAAAAUUCAUCAAUGAGACCCAGAUGUUACGGACGGGAAGCUGGAUGCAGGACCAGACCAUCUCAUUGCUCUUGGCUAUCACUGUGGCGAUAUUUGCGGUCGGCGGGAUGCUGGGUGGAUUCUCCGCCGGUUGGUGGGCGAACCGCUUCGGAAGAAGAGGUGGUAUGCUCUUGAACAAUGUUUUUGGCAUCACUGCUGCCCUUUUGAUGGGUCUUUCCAAGACGGCUAACUCGUUUGAAAUGAUCAUCAUCGGACGUUUGAUCGUUGGAUUUUGCUGCGGUAUAUUUACUGGCUUGACACCGAUGUACCUAUCGGAAGUUGCUCCAAAUCGCCUUCGUGGUGCAUUAGGGACUGUGAACCAGCUAGGUGUCGUUAUUGGUAUCCUGAUCUCACAAGUUCUAGGAAUAAACGAGGCCUUUGGAAAUGAGAAAUACUGGUCACUUUUACUGGGUCUCUCUGGUGUACCCUGUGUGCUAAUGCUCAUCAGUCUCCCGUUCUGUCCGGAGAGUCCCCGAUAUCUGCUCAUCACGAAACAAUUAGAGAAAGAGGCGAGGUCUGCCUUGGAGAGAUUGCGCGGAACCACCGACGUCCAGGAUGAGCUGGAGGAGAUGCAGAACGAGGCCAAGGCAGAACAGAGUGAGGCUAAGGUGUCCAUAAUUGGUCUCCUGAAAACCACACACCUACGCUGGCCGCUGGCAAUCGCCGUCGUCAUGCAGUUGUCUCAGCAACUUUCGGGGAUAAACGCGGUGUUCUACUAUUCGACCACCAUCUUCGGCAACGCUGGUCUUGCGCAGAGCGUGGCUGCAUACUCCUCGAUAGGCGUCGGCAGUGUCAUGGUUGUGAUGACGUUAAUUACCAUUCCGUUGAUGGAUCGCGCGGGACGUCGGACACUCCAUCUGCUGGGUCUAGGCGGGAUGUUUGUGUUUUGUGUUCUGUUGACGCUAUCGUUGUGUCUCACAUUUCUUGUGCCGUGGUUCAAGUACACCACCGUUGUCUGUGCUUUGCUCUACGUCGUCUUCUUUGCCCUGGGCCCAGGUUCGAUUCCAUGGAUGAUCACCGCUGAGUUAUUCUCACAGGGACCUCGGCCCGCUGCCAUGAGUAUUGCUGUAUUGGUCAACUGGUCAUGUAAUUUCCUAGUUGGGCUUUUAUUCCCCGUGAUGCUGAGCGGGCUUGGCGACUACUGUUUCAUUCCAUUCAUCGUUCUCCUGGCCCUCUUCUGGCUCUUCACAUACUUCAAGGUCCCCGAGACGAAAAACAAGUCAUUCGAGGAAAUCUCUAAUAUAUUCCGGAAGGGGAGCACGUCAAAAUCGAACGAAGUUAUGCCAGCUGUUGUGUAUUCUGAUGGAACCGCUAUCGUCGAAGAAAAUGACCUGGCCGAUAAGCUGUGAUCUUGCCUUGGGAGGGUAGUGUUACUGUCGUCAAACGAUCAAAUUUUACUUGAAGUCGAAUUUGUUGAUAUUGACUUUUGUCAACAAAAUGCUCAAAUUGGAUUGGUUUGCCUCGUGAUAUUAGUGUAAGUUAUAUCUGUAUUCUACAUAACUAAAGCGCCCCGCGAAUAGCAAUUUGAAUCGCUACAACCUCCGAUUAUUAUCGCUACUGUGUGCAGCAAAAGAUCUCUUGUCUGCGGGUAAAACCAGUAAUGGUUGGAUUUGAUAUGGAUCAGAGUUCGCUGCGAUCAGUGAUUCCUGUCGCUGACCCGGUGACGGCAGAUGGAGAUUAUUGUUGCUUGCGAUAUUGAUUGCAGGUCGCAGCGAUAAAAGUCACUUUUCAACAAGCACUUCUUGCCAAUUUUGAUGAAAUAUGUUCUGGCUGGACAUCAGGUGCGCUUGGCAUUGCGAUGAAUUCCCAAUCAACGAUUUUGAAUCAUGGCUCGAGCCCUGUGUCUUUAUGUGGUAGCCAGGGUGAUUAUCUUACAGCAUAUGUUUCCCCGGCAUCUCCGGUUUCCUCCUACUCGCCCCUAAUCGCCUAAUAUUGUUUAUCGGGCUAAAAUAUCUUAGUUGACGGGCAGCUACCUACCAAUAUUUAUUCAAAUGAGAAUAAUUGGUCAAAAUUGUAUGGUGUUUGUUUGUUUAACGUGGUACAAGUACCAUAGUGUCUUCUGUUAGUUUUUUAUUUUUGUUAAUUCUGUGUUCAUAAUACCUGGUGAUUUAGCAGUAGUUUCUUUAGAUUUUAGGCCGUCUUAGACUGUCGAGGUAAUAUGCAAUGCUGGCAGAGAAAUUGAAUUUUAGAUUUUUCUCAUUUGUGACCCGUUCCAGCAAAACCAGGCGCAUGUCGCUCUGAGCUUGGCGGGUUGAGACGGACUGUUUGUUCAUUUCACUAUUGUCUGCCUUUUGUGAAAUCUGACGACAUCAAUUUCUUCUAUCAUCUCCUGGUGUCAUCUAGGCUCAUCUUAUGUACGACAUGCAACUGGUUUUGCUAGAACGGAUCACAUUUAUACCCGUGAAAUCAAUUUUUUCCAAUGGACCUUCCUUGAAACUCCAGCUAGACACCUGGGCCCUUCUAUUCAACAUAAUCCUCUGCCCUUGCCUGCUUCUGCUGUAGAAUGUUCCAAUGCUAAGGUGAUUGCUUUGCAAGCAUUUUAUUUACUUAUAGCAAUGAUUAUAUCGCAGGUCGUGUCAACAAAUGUCGCUUAUUUGCGUGAUUUAAGUGAAGUCAAACUGUAAUAAUGGGUGAUAUGAAUAAAGACUAGCAAAUGCUUUUACUUCAAUUUUGUACAGAAAGGCCUAGUGUAAAUGUACAUGGAGUUUUAGAUAAAAGCAUUUGCUAGUCUUUAUUCAUAUCACCCAUUGUCAAUAUCAAUGCAAUUUUAAUUUGAUUAUCAGUGAGUGUGUAUCGUGUGUCCAAAUAAAGAGAUCACACUAUAAAAUUAGUCCCCGAGUGUUUUCAGAGAAUUUGGUGUUAUUUCAGGCUGUCGGAGGACCUCAGACGUGACUGGCACCAACGUCACCAAUGUCCCACUCCGACAGCCUGACAUAACACCAAAUUAAGGUAAUGCCAGAGUUGGUAGAAUAACACGGAAGUUUUUGAAGAGGUAUUUUUGAAGAAUUUGAUUUGAGAGUGAUCAAAUUCCAACAAACACAACAGACUUCCAAAAAAAUCUAAUAUUUGUUGUGAUAUCCAUUAUCAUAAUUAGGCAAUUAGUUUCCUGUAUCUUAUUGUCAUCAAAAUGUAAAUAGGGUGCAAUUUUCAUCGGUUGUUGGGUGCAAAUCACGAUAUGAUCUCAUCAUUUCAUUUUCGAUUGGCUGGUCUUUGUUGUGUAUCUACCUGUACAUGUAACUGCCAAAUUUUCGUGCAGAUUUGCGAGUAUUUUUAAAACAAAAAAAUCAGAUGUCAAAAUUCUUUUUCACCACUUUUUCCCAAACAUUCGAUGCUGCGAAGAAAAAACUCUGAAAAUGUUUUUUUCGCAAUUUUUUGACAAAUCAAUGUUUUUCGCAAUAUCUGUCAAGAUAACUUGACAGUUUGCCGUCUACUGAUUUUGUAAGUUGAGUUUAAUUUGUAGGGUUAAGUGUCGUGCUCGAGGAUACAAUCCUUUCAGUUCUGCACAAGAAUGUGUAAGAAAUGCACUGGUUUUUAUGCCAAGCUAGACAGAAAUGGUCAUCACAAUAGCCUCAGCAUUAAGUUGGUGUACCUCGUCUCCAAGUGCAGUUUGGGACAGUUUAGAUUAUGUUUAAAGGGACUAUGACUCAUAAUAUCUGUGAUCUCCGUCAAUUUUUGGUUGGUGCCAUAAAUCUCCACCGUUUGGUAUCCAUUGUAAGGUAAGCCAGUGAGAUCAUCAUUGUCCUUUGAAACGAUUGAGAAAUGUAUUGGGGAGAGCUGGCAUUAUCAUAUAUCAUAUCAUAGUCUCUUUAAGUUGGUUUUGGUCCUCUCAACAUGAUUAAUUUGGGCCAGUGCCAACAUUCUCAUAUCAUAGUCCCUUUAAAUUGGGCCAGUGCCAACAUUCUCAUAUCAUAGUCCCUUUAAAUUGGGCCAGUGCCAACAUUCUCAUAUCAUAGUCCCUUUAAAUUGGUUUCAUUGUCCCUAUAAAUCAUUGUGAAAUUGUGUCAAAUUCCAUUUCAUUACUCUCACCUUCAAUACAUGUGAAAUCAA